AUGGCUAAUAAAAGCAAUUCAUACAAAGCCAUCAGCAAGACAUUAUUGUCUUCUUUUGCUUUCUUGGAAUUAUGCCAUCUGGCUACGGGGGCUAUAAUUAUCGCUCUAGGUGUUAAAUGGCUCUCCAGUUUUGGUCUUAAUCUCAGGAGUGCUGUUAUAACGGAAAAUUUAAUUAUAGGCGGUUUCGUUGUGGGCGGAUUAAUUGUUGUUUCAUUUUUAAUCGCAUUUAUUGGGUUCAUCAAUCCAUUGAAACGUAAGAACUGGUUAUUGGCACAUACAUUCUUCAUCGUAAUUACUUCAAUUGCACUUUUGGCCUUGGGUGCAAUCAUUUGGUUUGAAACCUUGGAUGAACGAAGACAAUUUGGUGAUAGAUGGACGGGUUGGGGUGAUGAAAGAAGAGGCUACUUCCAAGAUUCGUUAAAAUGCUGCGGGUAUAAUAAUCCCACGGAUGAGAGAGUGAUAUCGGAACAUUGCCCAGAAUCUCCAAUUGACGAGACAAUACCACCCUGUAUAGAUUUAAUAACAAAAGCCGCAGAUAAAAUUUUACGUCAACUGUUUACAUCACUAUUCGGUUUCAUAACCAUUGAUAUUUUUGUAUUUUUUGCUACUAUAAUUUUGAUUCAAGCAAGGAAUGUUGAAGAACGAUAUCGUAAAAUUGACGAAAAGCAUGGUGUUUUAGGAGAUCAAGCAUUAAAAAGACAAUAUGUUUAA